UUGAAUUUUCUUUGGGGAAAUUUAGAUACUUCAAGCUCAGCAGGCCCUUUCCAGUGGAGGCUGUUUUGUAUCAUAUUUCCAGCAAUGCAACUUUCCUUAUUUUCCAAAUACAUUCACAGUAUCAGAACACAACAGUGUCUCUUUCUGAGACUUUCCUUCCUAAUACCAUGGGAACUGGCACUGACAAAGGACUGGUUUUCAUUCUGAGACCAGAGCAAAGCAUGUGCAUUUGGCACUUGGCUGCUGCUGAUUCUGAGCCUGUCCAAAGUAUGGCUAUUCCGCUCUCCUACUCAGAAAGAGAUCCUGUCCCUGGAGGCUGUAAUUUAGAGUUUGACUUAGAUAUUGAUCCUAACAUUUACUUAGAGUAUAAUUUCUUUGAAACAAUCAUCAAAUUUGCCCCAGCAAACCUAGGCUAUGCAAGAGACACAGACCCUCCACCCUGUGAUGUUGGCACUGGCCAGGACUCUAGGUGGAGGUUGCAGUAUGAUGUCUAUCAGUAUUUUCUGCCCGAGAAUGACCUCACUGAGCAGGUAUUGCUGAAGCAUCUGCAGAGGAUGGUCAAAGUACCUCAGGUGCAGGCCAAUGCUAUCAAGGUGGUUACCUUAACAGCUAAUGAUAAGACAAGUGUUUACUUCUCCUCUCUCCCGGUACAAGGUGUAAUCUAUAAUGUCAUUGUUUGGGACCCGCUUCUAAAUACAUCUGCUGCUUAUGUUCCUGCUCACACAUAUGCUUGCAACUUCAAUGCAAUUGAGGGGAAUUGUUCUUCUCUUGGAACAGUGUCUACCAAAGUGUUCUUCACUCUUUCUGCCUUGCUUGGUUUCUUCAUUUGCUUCUUUGGACACAGAUUCUGGAAAACAGAAUUAUUCUUCAUAGGUUUCAUCUUCAUUGGAUUCUUCUUUUAUAUACUGGUUACAAGACUGACAUCUAUUAAAUAUGAUGUUCGUCUGAUUCUAACUGCUGUGACUGGAAGCAUUGGUGGAAUUUUCUUGGUGGCUGCAUGGUGGCGAUUUGGAAUCCUCAUGUUCUGUAUGCUGUGUGUUGGAUUAGUGCUGGGGUUCUUCAUCUCAUCUGUGAUGUUCUUCACUCCAUUGGGAAACCUAAAGAUUUUUCGUGAUGAUGUUGUGUUCUGGGUGACCUUCUCUUGUAUAGCUGUUAUUAUUCCAGUAGUUUUCAUGGGCUGCCUAAGAAUACUGAACAUACUCACUUGUGGAAUCAUUGGCUCCUAUUCAGUGGUUUUGGCUACCGACAGUUACUUAUACACGAGCCUUUCCUACGUUACUUUAAAUGUACUUAAGAGAGCACUCAACGUGGAUUUCCGCAGAGCUUUCACAAAUGUGCCUUUUCAAACUACCGACUUUAUUAUCCUGGCAUUAUGGGGGAUGCUGGCAGUAAGUGGAAUUACAUUACAAAUUCGAAGAGAAAGAGGUCAGCCGUUUUUCCCUCCCCACCCUUACAAGUUAUGGAAGCGAGAGAGAGAACGCAGAGUUACGAACAUUUUGGAUCCUAGCUACCACAUUCCUCCAUUGAGAGAGAGGAUAUAUGGCCAGUUAGCCCACAUCAAAGAGUUCUUCCAGAAAGAACAGUCAGCUGGAGAGAGAACGCCCCUACUUCUGUAGAUGCCCAGUGACUUGGUCUUUGUGAUCUUGAAGUAUGACUUGAG